AUGGUUCAACAAUCAUUGAAAAUGCAUAAACGAACAUUAUUGACAAUUCACAGAAUUUUGGAUGAUGACGAAUAUUACGAUAUAAAAAUUAAAGCCGAUAUAUUUAUGGCGGAAUCUUUAAUAAAAAUUGAUCCAUUAGAUAUAAUUGAAUUACUGAUUGCCGCUAAUGAAUUAAGAAUACCUAUCUCUAUAAAAAAUUUUUCAGAAAAAUGA